AUGGCGUUCGCCAACAGUGGUUCGGACCCAUCGCGGGGAAUGUGCAGCCGACCGCGCGCUCCAACCAUUACUAUCGACACGGCUGCCGGAGAUCAGGAGCCUCCUAGUUCCAGCAACUCUCCGUCGCCCGUGCAUUUUGAGCCUGUGUCUGCGGAUAGGUUGCGGUCGCAAGGAUCUCCAAAUGUGCUCGCCGUCCCGGGCAGUCGGUCGAGAGCGUCUUCUAUCGGUUCCCGUCCUCAUUCUCCAUUAUCCUAUGGAGGCGAGACCCUUACUCCGACGUCGUCAUCCUUAGACCACAGCCGCUGCUGUAGCUCUUCGGCAAACACUGCGGUGCUUGUUUCGUCGCACCAGAACGGGGGAUCCUGGAAGACAGGAGACGGAGGACCAGGGAGCUUCGGAUUCGAUAAUGAUAACGGUCCGUUUGCGAUCGCACCGGAAGCGCUUGAGCAGAUGCUUGAGUGGAGGAGCCUUGCGGAUUUCCAUGCUCUAGGUGGCACACAAGGCCUUGCGGCGCUACUGCGGACCGACUGUUCCUCUGGCCUUAGUCGCGAUGAGACAACGUUGAAUGACGCUGUUGCCGGCGAUCAAUCUGGAUCAGCCCCUCGUACAGGCGCUGUCCCACAUGCUGAAAGGAGACGUGUCUUCGGCGUUAAUCGCCUCCCGGAGAGUGGCACCAAGAGUAUCUUCCAGCUGAUGUGGAUUGCUUUCAAUGACAAGGUUUUGAUCCUGCUGGUGACUGUCGCGACCAUCUCACUUGGAUUGGGCUUGUAUCAAACAUUUGGCCGGCCGCAUGAACCAGGACAGCCAAAAGUGGAAUGGGUCGAGAGCGUCACGAUCAUGGUAGCUGUUGCGAUCGUCGUCAUUGCCGGAGCGCUGAAUGACUACCAGAAGGAAAGGCAAUUUGCAAAGCUCAAUGAAAAGAAGGAAGACCGUCUCGUCAAGGCGAUUCGAUCAGGAAAAUCGUUGGAGAUUUCGGUGUAUGACGUGGUUGUCGGUGAUAUUCUGCAUUUGGAACCCGGCGACUUGGUCCCUGCGGACGGUGUCUGCGUUUCUGGCCAUAAUAUCCGAUGCGACGAAUCGUCCGCCACUGGCGAGUCCGAACAGAUGAAGAAGACUCCUGGGGAUGAGAUUAUGGCCCGAAUUGAAUCAGGGGUCCAUGUGGACAAGCUCGACCCGUUUAUUCUGUCUGGAAGCAAGGUGCUCGAGGGUGUGGGCACGUACAUGGUCACCGGUGUUGGUGUCCGCAGCACUUAUGGGCGGCUGAUGAUGUCUCUGGCUGAGGAUACUGAAGAGACUCCACUACAACAGAGACUAACAGUCGUUGCUGAACAGAUCGCUACAGCUGGCAUUUCUGUGGCUAUUAUCCUAUUCUGCGUUCUAUUUCUCAAAUUCCUUUUCGACCUCCGCACCAACGUCGAGUUGCCAUUUGACAUGGGCCAGACCUUCCUACGUAUUGUGAUUGUUUCUAUCACAGUUGUUGUUAUUGCGGUCCCUGAGGGAUUGCCAUUGGCGGUCACCCUUGCGCUUGCCAUCGCUGUGACGAGAAUGUUGAAGGAUAACAACCUCGUGAGGAUUCUCAGUUCUUGCGAAACUAUGGGCAAUGCGACCAGCGUAUGCUGCGACAAGACCGGAACGAUCACGAUGAACAAGAUGACUGUAGUCGCAGGGCUGGUUGGAACGACGCACCAACUUGGAGAUCCGGCUGACAGUCGAGAGAACGACGGGCAGGAGACGUCCAGAAUGGCUACCCUGCCGGCCAGCAAAUUCGUGUCACUGCUUGCCAAAGAGGUGCGACAUCUCAUCUCGCAGUGUAUUGUCAUCAAUUCGACGGCAUUUGAAGGCGAAGAGGACGGAAAGCCAGCCUUUAUCGGCUCCAAAACAGAGACUGCGCUUUUGUCCUUUGCGAAGGAACGCCUGGGUAUUGGGGCAGUUGCUGAGGAACGUGCAAAUGCCCACAUCAUCCAAAUCGUGCCAUUUGAUUCCAGCAGAAAGUAUAUGGCAUCUAUAGUGAAACUCGGCAAUGGGAAUUUCCGGAUGUACGUCAAGGGGGCUCCUGAGAUUCUACUGGACAAGAGCACCCGGGUUAUCGCGGACGUGACCGAUAGACUUGGAAGCGUCCUCAUAGGAGAGAAUCGCGAGCUAUUGAUUGAUACUAUCGAGCGAUACAGCAGCCACUCUCUCCGAACAAUUGGCCUCGCUUACCGCGAUUUCCAGUGCUGGCCUCCUCCUGGUGCCCGUACCGUUGACGGCGAUCUGACGCAGGUCUUCGUGGAAGACGUCUUGGGAGACUUGGCAUUCAUCGGCAUUUUCGGCAUUCAGGACCCUCUCCGUCCGGGGGUUGACGAGGCAGUGGCCAAAUGCCAGCGUGCCGGCGUGACAGUGAGAAUGGUUACAGGAGACAACCUCGCAACCGCAAAGGCUGUCGCGGCGAAAUGUGGUAUCCUUGAUCCGGACGGGCUUGCGAUGGAGGGAGCAAGCUUUCGGAAACUGUCGACCUCAGAAAUGGACCAAAUCAUUCCCCGGCUGCAGGUCCUGGCUCGAUCGACGCCCGAAGACAAGAAAAUUCUGGUGAAGAGAUUGAAGGCGCUCGGCGAGAUUGUGGCCGUUACGGGAGAUGGAACUAAUGAUGGGCCAGCUUUGAGGGCAGCAGAUGUCGGGUUCUCUAUGGGCAUAUCUGGUACGGGGGUUGCCAAAGAAGCAUCCUCGAUCAUCCUGAUGGAUGACAACUUCUCGUCUAUUGUGAAAGCGAUCGAAUGGGGACGAGCGGUGAACGAUGCGAUCAAGAAGUUCCUACAGUUCCAACUGACGGUCAAUGUAACGGCCGUGACCCUCACUUUCGUGUCUGCAAUAACCAGCGAGAAAGAGGAGUCUAUCCUGACGCCGGUUCAGCUUCUCUGGGUGAAUCUCAUCAUGGAUACAUUCGCUGCACUGGCAUUAGCGACUGACCCGCCAUCACCGGGCAUUCUCGAUCGGAAACCGGAGCCAAGGUCGGCGCCGUUGGUGUCGCUGACCAUGUGGAAGAUGAUCAUCGGGCAAUCUAUCUAUCAGUUGAUCAUCACCUUGGUGCUGAAUUUUGCUGGUGAUGCUAUCCUCGGCUACACGGGGUCGGCCAAGGAUCGGCUGGAAACGUUAGUUUUCAACACGUACGUUUGGAUGCAGUUUUUCAAUCAGUACAACAACCGCCGUCUCGACAACAAGCUCAACGUGUUCGAGGGCAUCCACCGGAACUGGUAUUUCAUCGGCAUCAACCUCAUCACGAUCGCGGGGCAAGUGAUCAUCAUAUCUUUCGGGGGCAGUGCCCUUUCGGCGAUGCGGCUUAACGGCCUCGAAUGGGGAAUUUCUCUCGCGUUAGGGGCAAUCAGUCUGCUCGUCGGGGUUGUCAUCCGUCUCAUUCCGAACAACUUCAUCCGCGCGAUGCUGCCUGUUCGAUUCGGACAGCAUCUCGGGCCGCGUGAGCAUGUUCCUCGUGACGGACCUUCCAAUUGGUACGAAGCCUGCGAAGUCAUUCGCGAGGAACUUGCGUUCCGCAGCGAACUGGGCCAUCGCUACCGUGGCCGCUUCAGGUGGCGGGAAUUCAAGCGGCAGUACCGUCGUCGCCUCAAUCAUCUGUUCCGCGACACAGAUCCCACUCGUUCGCAAGACGAUCCCGAAUCACCACUUCUCGAGCCUCCCUCAAGCGAGGACCUUGCCUGGAGACAACCAUCCAAGUCAGCCGUGCAAUCCGCAGCCGCAAUGGCGGGUGUCAUUGCAGGCAGCGUUGCAGCGUGGCCAUGGCCAUCCAUGGAGCCGGUGGCAUCCAAUGGAAACGGAGAUGUGAAUAAAGAGCGAGCUAGCUACAGGAUUGCUAUCAUGGACAAAUAG